AACUCUUGCAAGAAAAAUUUAGAUACUCUGUAGAGCAGCAGAGUGAAAUUUAUGAUGAAAAUGGGGAAAUCAUUCAGAAGCGUUGUUACAAUCUUAGUACUUUUGAAAUAUAUAGUUCAGUGGCUACAACGGUUUGGUCUCGUGAUACUAUUUUAUGUGACUUGGAAGGCUGUAUUCUUACUCCAUGGAAAGUGUUAUCUUGAAAGCACUUUACAGGUUGGAAUUAUCCAUGAAUUAAUUGGAAAUGGGUCUGAGGCUGAAACUCUUCUAUUGUGGGGGAAAAACAUCUCUGGUUUCCAAGGGUUGCGUCUUUUCAAAGUUGCAUUUUCUUCUAUCUUGGGAAGACUGUACCGCAAGCAACGUCUAUGGGAUUUGGCAGAAAAGGAACUUCAAAGCGCCAAGCAAAUACUAGCAGAUAGCUGUACUGCCAUUGCUUGUUUGAAAUGCAGAUUGCUCUUGGAAGUUACCACUGACCUGCAACUGGGAGAUUUAUUCAGAAGUCGUCGUGAUGGUAAUACAGCAAAUGUUUCUGAAAAGAGAUUAUGUUACGCAGAAGAUCUGUGCAAAUCAGCUUUAGACAAACUUAAUUGUUCUGAGUGGAAAAACUCAGUGAGUAAUCCUGAGGCAGUUGGUGCUGAGAACACCAUCAUUGGUGAUGCUCUUGAGAGGGAGGUUGGCAUUUUGCGUGAGCAAUUCUUUCGCCUGCACAGCAAAUCAUUUAGAUAUCUCUCCAAGUGGUUUCUCCAUUGAUCACCCCUCAUAUGGGGUGAUGGAUAUAUCCAACAAAUCACCCCCUUAACCCAUGUGAGGUGAUCCAGUGUACAUGCUGCUGCUAAUCUUGUCAUGCCCAAAUUUCAAAAUAAUCUGCAUCUCCUCACUGAGACGUUUGCAUCCCCUGAAGCUAGAGAUAACACACCAGAGAUACAACAGGAGGAGGGAAUCCUACAUUCUCAACUCAACUCAUACAACUCUCUGAUUUGGAGAGAGCCUCUACUCCUAUCUCCCACAGAUCUUUUCCACGCUUAUUGUCUUGGAUGUCUUCACCUGCUAUGCUUGAACUUGUGUAACCAAAAUAGCCUGCACCCCCUGAUUGGAUGUCCUGCACCCCCUGAUUGAGAUGCUCUUGAUUGUCAUGCAUUACCUCGCACGACUAAUCAUUGAAGCAACAGAAAACUCUUCAUUUGUCUGGUCAACAUUCCUGGUUUUCUUUGCUUGGAGUUUCCUUUAAACUAUCCUGAACUUAUUAACAUUUACCCUUUGCACUCCUGAACAACUUUCCAGCGUUUCCACACACUUGUUGCUCAUGCCUUUUGCAAUCCCUGAUCUCCAGUUUAGCGAUACGCAUUACCUGCACAUCUUUCACUUGUACUACAAGAUUUGACGGUUGACAGUAGCUUUCUCUGCCAAAGCAACUUCAACAAAUUUGUACAAGUAACCAAACUAUGCAACACCUAGCAUAGUACCCACACCCAUACUCCUUGAGUGCUCAUUGUGGCAUUAUCUCUCCUCC